AAUAAUAAUAAUAAUAAUAAUAAUAAUUUGAAAUCGGUCGCGAAGGAAAAGUCGAGCUAUAAUAAAUAUGGUAAAAUUUAUGGAUUCUGUUACGUAAUCGAUAGAACCGUUUUGUAAAUAACAAUCGUUCUGAAUCUCGUGAGACCAGAUACUAUAGGAAAUUGGACUUCUAACGCUUGUCUAACUACGUCAGUUCGAAGAAACCAUCGCGGUGGUUGUGGGAAUCGUUUCAAAGACAUAGCACUUGCAAGUGAACAUUUGAGAGGCACAGAAAAAUUAACGAAGAUAUUUUCUGACGGAACAAUUGGCUAAGAAAAAGAAGCAUGGAGUAUAUACUCUGCAUAUUGCCGAUACUUUACAUGAAGUUUCUCGGUAAUAACUCGGACACGUUCGCACUGGUGCUUCAGAAGAUCCUGAAGUUUCUACUUUUCUUAUUGGAAUGUCUGGUGAUGCCGCUGAUCCUGCUGCAGAGCUUCCGGAAACAGAGACAGCUGCCGCCGAUCAGGAAUCAUUUGCUGCUGUUACCGGCCGCCGAGCUGGCCAGGCGAAUUCGAAGAAAACAGGUCAGCAGCGAAGAAGUGGUCAAAGCGUACAUAAAAAGAUGCCAGGACGUGAAUCCGAUGCUAAACGCGAUCGUGGACACGAGAUACGAGGCGGCGGUUCAAGAGGCGCGAAAGGUUGACGAGUUUUUGUUGUGCACUACGAAAACCGAGGCAGAGAUUGGACAGGACAUGCCACUUCUCGGUGUUCCCAUGACGGUCAAGGAGAGCAUCGCCGUGCAAGGUAUGUCUCACACGGUGGGCGUGAAGAAAAAGGUUUUGGACAGAGCCGACGAGGACGCGGUGGUCGUGAACAGGGUUCGCGAAGCGGGCGCCAUAAUUCUGCUCGUCAGCAACACGCCGGAGAUGUGUCUGGCUUGGGAGAGUAAUAACAAAGUAACUGGAACAACCUGGAACCCUUACGACACCAACAGGACAGCCGGUGGUUCCUCGGGUGGCGAGGCUGCUCUUCUGAGUUCUGCGGCGUCCAUCAUCAGUAUCUCAUCGGACAUCGCUGGAUCCUCUAGAUAUCCGGCUAUGUGCUGCGGGAUUUUCGGUCACAAACCCUCGGCUCACAUGAUAUGCUGCACCGGUCACAAGCCGAUCUCGUCGGACCAGAACUGGAACAAUUAUUUCACGAUCGGCACGAUGACCAGAUACGCGGAGGAUCUCCCGUUGAUGAUGAGCAUCGUGUCCGACGAGGAUGUCCGUCUGCGAUUCAGUCAAACGGUAUCUUUGAAGAAUAUGAAGUUCUUCUACUUGGAAGAAUGCUGCGGCAUAACCAGCGGCAUCAACAGCGACAUGAAGCAAGCCAUAGACAAGCUGAGGAACUAUCUGGAAGCGACCUAUGGGGUCAAGGUGCAACAGGCGAAGUUCAACGACAUGAAGUAUGCAUUCGAUAUAGCUGUUCGUUCCCUGCUGAACAUGACGGUGGACGACGUCGAGGACGAAUUCGAAGCCUCGAGGUCCAGCAAAAUCCUGCUGGAGGCGAUCAAGUACCUCUUCUGCGUCUCGCGUUACUCUCUGUCGAUCCUGUCGUACGGAAUUGUGAAAUGGGUCUUCGGGAAAUUACCUAAGGGCUAUCGCAACAAAAUGGCGGACAAGGCAGUGUCGCUGAAGAAGCAAUUCGAGGACGUUUUAGGCGACAACGGCGUCCUAAUCUAUCCGUCGUUCAUCGGCCCGGCUCACUACCGGUACCAGAUGUACCCCAGAGUCGCGAACUACACUUACAUGAUGCUCUACAACGUGCUAGGACUUCCGGUGACCCAGUGCCCGAUGGGAUUGAACAGCAAAGGACUGCCAGUCGGCGUUCAAAUCAUCGCGAACACCGGCAACGAUCAGCUGACCAUCGCCAUGGCGAAAGAAAUCGAGAGAGUAUUCGGAGGCUGGCAACAACCGCCCGCGACCGAAAUAUCCGUCUGAUCUAUCGGACUGUUCUCGUUCUACGUGCGAUCGAAACAAUGUGUUUCGAUCGCGCGAACAUCUGCCCGUUUUUCAUCUCGUCGCUAACGCCGGAUCGCGCGGCCGAGAGGCCCGCCGCCGUAUCAACGUAGUCGAUUUUUUACAAUUCUCUCUCUCUCUCUUUGAUCCGGAUUUCCAUCAAAUGGCCGAUGUAAUCAGCGAACUGUAAUUGAUGGAACUCGAAAGCGGCGAACGCGAAUCGCUUUACAUUUAACAGUUUCGCAAGAAAAUCGUGCCCGCUCGGAUGUGCGAAUACAGUCGGUAAGCAUACCCGGCCGCGAGAAACAGGCGAAACUGGAUCGAGAAACGCGACGAGCGUGUGUAAUGUUGCGUUACAGAAGGUCAAGGCUCGGGUUCACAAUCUCUCGCAGCCGAGUAAAUUAUGUUAUCUGCACGCGAGUGUCGUCGGCGACCGAAUCGAGGUCAAUCCCGUAGCUUCUGCGUCCGAUCGCUGGCAAGCGUCCGUUAGUUUUUAACAGAUAACAACGAAUUUACGUCCGUUCGUGUCGGAUGUUUAGCGAGUUUUAAGGUUGGAAGUUGCAACUGUAUUGUCAUCGAGUCGGGCGAAAGAAGAUGAAGGGACGGGGACACGAGGAGUGUCCGUAACAAAGGGACCAACUUCGUCGCUUCGAACGGUGAACUCUCGAGAACUGCUGCGAGCCUGGAUAGCACGAUUCUCGUAUUCCGGAUCGAUCGUUCCGGUGAAUUAGGUUGACAAGGAUUCCUGAUUAUUUUUAGACGUUUUUUUUUAUAACUUAUUUAAGUACAAUGGAUUUUUCUAACACAGCGUUGCCCCUUGUUUGAUUCGAAUACAUUUAGGCGCAUUCGCAGACACCCAUUCACGAUUUAUCGUCUCCGUUCACGAGAUUCAGCCAUUUUCAAUUAUUCAUGAGCACCAUAAUGGAUUCCAACGCGUUACGACGAGAGAAACAUCGAUUCGGCGACAUUCGGGAUUGGAACUUCGCAAAGUGUGUCACGAGGCUCUUGUUUGGUUUCAAUCGGAGAAUGGCCGCCAUCUCGACGAUCCUCUCGUCUCGUUGUCGAACGUCGUGUAUAUCCAUCCUGUCCAGAUCGUGGCGAUCUUAUCCAUGCAUUUUCAUCUACUUGUAAGAGUAUUAUUUUUUAUAUGUAUAUACUGAAAAUAAACACGAGUUGUCUGUUGAAGGA